GGGGACAGAGGGAGGGAAGAAGGAAAAAGCUGGAUUAAAGUCUAGUUUCCUGAAGCAGCGGGAGCUGAGUGCUCUUGAGAGCUGGAAAACUCAAGGAAGUUGUCCAAACGUUCUGGUAAGGGGCUGCCUCCGAAGUCCAGAGCCUCCUUCCUGUUCCCUGAGAGAGAUAAUGAGCAGCAGGAGACAUUUCUGGAGGCUUAGGGUGGUGUAAAAAUCAAGCUAGGUAACCCUGCUCCUCCCUGGAUGGUGAGUUUCAGGGAUCCUCCCUGGUUCCUUAAUGCCCUUAAAAGACAGAUGCAUCUGUGGAGGAGCGAAGAGACACCUGGACUCUGACCAGGGGAAGGAGCAUUUUGAGGGGCAUCUACACACUGAGGAGCUCAAGAUGGUCCUGAGUGGGGCACUGUGCUUUCGAAUGAAGGAUUCAGCCUUGAAGAUGCUUUAUUUGCGUGAUAACCAGCUCCUAGCUGGAGGGCUGCAUGCAGAAAAGGCCAUUAAAGGUGAAGAGAUCAGUGUUGUCCCCAAUCGGUGGCUGGAUGCCAGUCUAUUCCCAGUCAUCCUGGGGGUCCAGGGAGGGAGCCAGUGCCUGUCAUGUGGGACAGGGAAGGAACCCACUCUGGAGCUAGAGCCAGUGAACAUCAUGGAGCUCUACCUCGGCACCCAGGAGUCCAAGCGCUUCACCUUCUACCGCCGGGACCUGGGGUUCACCUCCAGCUUUGAGUCAGCCGCAUACCCAGGCUGGUUCCUCUGUACAGCACCUGAAGCUGACCAGCCUGUCAGGCUCUCCCAGAUCCCGAAGGAUGGGUCCUGGGAUGCCCUCAUCACAGACUUCUACUUCCAGCAUUGUGACUAAGGCAAUGACCCCCAAGAUGCCCUGGGUAGAGUCAACUCCGCCUAGGCCAAGAGGAUACAAGAUGAGGCUCACCAGAGUUGACUCCAACCCCUGCUCUUGGGACUCUUCCAUCUGACUGACAGGAUACACAGCCUCUCGUGCUUCUCCUGGCCUUGUGUUUUAAAGAAUUCUUCUGGGAUCUGGGGCUUGCUCCUUCAAUUCCUUCUCCACUAGGUAGUAUGACCAAGAGGGAAUCUGGGAAAAAUCACAUGGGUACACUGGGGGCAACAUUAAAACUAACAGAGAAGAGGGGUUGGGAAUCCUUCAUGUUGGAUGGGACCUGACCUGAUGCCUGGAUUCCACCUAGAGUUCCCGGCAUUCCCCCAGCAGGAAAGGGAGGGGACCUUACAGUUAAGCACACCCCUAACCUUACCAUCAUCUGCGGGCUUCUCCAUCUCUGCCUCAUCCUUUGACUCAGUGGAGAGAGGGUGAUGUGUCAGGGAAGACGGUUCCAGUUCAGAAGACAGACAAGCCUAGACAGGAGGAAAAUCUCUAGUGGUCCUAGUCUCUACUCACAAUGAAAAUGUGCAGGAUGUAUUAAGUGAGAAAAGCAUGUUAGAAAGUAAACUUUCUUUUUAUGUUUAUGCAUAAAGAUACCCUGGAAGACUGCACAACACUUAUAGCAAUGUUUGUGUGGUAGGACUGUGGAAUACUGUACUUUUUGUUUUUAAAUUUAUUAUCUGUAGUCUCAAUUUUUCUAAAAUGAAGGUGGACCACUUAUACAAUAAGCAGAAAAUAAAUCAGUGUUGAGGCAAACUGAGCAGACGUAAUUUUUCACUAUCCUCAGUUUCCUGUUACCUGGAGUGAAAUGCAAGCUCAAUCGAACUUGGCUAGAAGGAGCUGGGGUCAGGAAAGAGAUCCCACCCAAGUCACUGUAGCUGGAAUCACAUGAGUAAAGGAUUUACUGAAAGAGCAGGAGCUAACCAAAACAAACAAACAAACAACAAAUGCAAUUUUAAAAAUCUCGUACUUUGACCUGGAAUAACUACAGCGUGCCUGAGGAUCCAGCAUCCCAGAGGCCCGCUGUACUCACAGAACAAUGUUCGUCCCAAAUUCAUGGCUUUCCUGAGACUCAGACUGGAAACUUACUUGGAGAUAGAGCUUUUGCAGAUGCCCUUAGUUAAGCCUGAGACAUUUGGGAUAAGGGUGGACCUAAGUCCCGUAUGAUGACAGUCCUUAUCAGAAGAGGCCACAGAGACACAGAGGAGGCACAGGAAAGAAGUCUAAGUGACAACCUAGGCAGAGGUUGGAGCUAUGCUACCCUAAGCCAGAGGAUGCCAAGGAUUAUGGCCACCACCAGAAACAAAGCAGAAUUCUUCCUACAGCUUUCCGAGGAAGCAUAGCCCUGCUGACGGCUUCAUUCGCGGCUUCUAAUUU